AUGAUUAUCUGGGAACCAUGUAGCAAGACAUGUGGUGGUUCUGGUGUCCAAGAGCGCAUACGUGUGCGUGUUGGGCUACCGCCGAUCAAUUCUACCAUUUGUGGCAGUGUUUGCCCUGGGUCAAAUCUUGAAAAAAGAGCUUGCAACAUUCACGACUGUCCAGGUUUGCGAAUUGAAGAUUUAUCAGUAGGAAGUCACAAAUGGCUUAUCAACAAUCCUAUUAAUAUGGAACGAUUUUUUUUUCAGUUGAGUACAAUUCACUUGGUUGUUUUAAAGACAGUACUCCCCGCGCUCUCCCGUUGUUACUAAAAAACUUCCGGGGUAACAUCGAUUGGACUGACUCGACAAAAGUCGUUCGAGCAUGCGCAGAGAUCGCAAAGGAGCGUGGCCUUCCCGUGUUUGGAAUCCAGUAUUACACAGAAUGUUGGACUGGACUGGACGCCGAAAACACGUACAAUAUGUACGGACCUUCCGGAAACUGUUGGAAUGGAGUGGGAAAGAGGAGAGCAAAUUAUGUGUACAAUAUGAGUAAAAGUUCCAGUUUUUUUCGAAAUUGA